AUGGGUGCCGUACUAAUGCAGGACGAACUCGACGGAAAGAGGCGAAUAAUUUCGUUCGCUAGGGCAAAGUUCUCGCCCACAGAAGCCCGGUACCACUGCAACGAGCAGGAGUGUUUGGCUAUAGUAUGGGCUAUUAAGAGGUACCGGCCCUUCUUGGAGGACAAACCCUUCACAUUGAGGACUGACAGUAAAACGCUCACCUGGUUAGAACGCCAGAAGGAUACGAGGGAUAAGCUAACCAGGUGGGACCUUCUUCUUAACCGCUUUUCCACGCACGGUGGAACACGUGCCCGGCAAAGAAAACGAAUUGCCAGAUGCCCUCUCACGCAAUCCGAACCCAGACGAGUGCCUGUUUUGAGCGCUUUAGCUCGGCCCCCGCUGUACCACGAGGUGAUCGAGGCCCAACAGGAAGACCCGGCUAUCACCAAAGACGUCCUGGAAUGGAGGAGAUUGGCCGAGUUGCCACAACCGACGCAGCCUGAGAAGGAGUUCCUGGAUCGACACCGCUUAACAGAGAAAGGAUGGUGGUGCCAGGAUACCGCCGGGAUUUGGAGAUUACGAGUGCCUUCAGCAUUGAGAAUUAAGGUCAUCUGGGAACAUCACGACGCCGCAAUAGCCGGUCAUCCGGGAACCGACGAGACGAUACGGGCUAUUAGGGAAAACUUUUUCUGGUCCGGAAUGAACCGAGAGAUUCGCCGAUACGUAGCCGGCUGCCACCUAUGCAUAUGUUGCAAACCGGUAAAAGCGAAGCAUCCCGAUAAUCAACGACCCCGAGCGGCGAAGCGCGCAUGGGAUACGGUCGCCGUCGAUCUCAUGGGCCCGUAUCCCCGAACUAGUCAGGGCCACAGUUACAUUCUGGUGGUAACUGACCUAUUUACCCGCUGGGUAGAAGCUUUUCCUUUGAGGACAGCCGAAGCCCCCAAAAUUACACGGCUCAUGGAGGAGGAGGUCUUCAGUCGCUUCGGAUACCCGCGCAGGGUGCUGAGUGACAACGGGCCCCAUUUCACGGGUCAGGUUUGGGUCGAGGCGAGCCGCCGAUGGGGCGCCGAACUGUGGACGACCCCAGUUUAUCACCUACGUGCCAACCCAAUAGAACGGCGGAACCAAGAACUGAAGAAAGGUUUGAGGCUCCGUCUGCACCAAGGCAACCAACGCACGUGGGACCAGCAUUUACCCGAUCUUCUUUUCGGGCUAAGAAGACGUAAGAACGCCGCCACUGGAGUCACCCCUAGCCAUCUCCUCAUGGGCAGGACCAUCCUUCGCCCAGGAGAGUGGGAACUUCAACCGGAGGCACGCGAAGAAGUACCAGCAGCGAGCUACGAGGAUCGUGAGCGGGAAGCUCGCCAACAACAGGCGGCCUAUCAUGCCAAGCAUGCCUCUGCACCCAGUCCCCCACGUUAUUUUCCGGGAGAUUGGGUAUAUGCACCCAACCAUCAGUUAAGCAGCAAGGUGCUGGGGUACAACGCCAAACUGGCCCCAGUCCGACGGGGCCCCUACCAGAUCCUCGAUCAUCUCUCGGGCGAGGUUUAUUGGAUCUGGAGGGGAGGAUCAGCCCAGAAAGUGCACGGUAGUGUACUGGUGCCCGCAACAGCGCCCGCAAGGUUGAUGCCACCACAGGAACGAGACACAAACGAGCCAGAGGUCGGCAUGCCGCCACCUCUCACGAGACCACUAUCCGAAAGCGUCGGCGGUGCAGCGCACGUGCACCCUGUCGAAACCGUCGACAGGGAGGAGGACGAUGAGGACAGUUCGUCCCAUUACACGAACGACGAGGAGCGAUACGACGACGAGCAGGAGAACGAGGUCGACCCAAGCGGGCGUCGACAUGGCAGACUAGGUACCGCCGGGAAGGCGUGCCAUACCUCAUCGGCAGAAGCUGAGGAACAACGAGAUGACAUCGGACGACGUUAUCAACUGCGACAGCGGGCACCCGUCAGUUAUCGGGAUGCCAGAGCAUACGCGCCUCGGCGGAGGCGCGCACAGCAUGUAAAUAAUAAAACAGACAGGGCCCUAGCCCGAAUCGUCGGACGCGCCAACGUCGGGCACGUCGCGCCGCAAGCAUCAUCAGGAGGAGACUCGGCACCACAUCCACCGGUCGAGGAAUACGUGGCUCGCCCGCACCUCGCUAAUGUGCCCCGAUACAGCCCGAGCACGUCCCACCCCCACGUUAAGGGGUGGGCCAACCUGGUAGGGAUCCGAAGAGGAAUCGAGGGCACCCGGGACCCGCGCGUGCGUAAACCCUUCCGCGGUCGAAACCCUUUUCCUCCCCUUACCCGCGUUCGCGAGUCAACCGCGCUAUGUGUUCCCACCGGUGAACGUAAUCAACCGAGACGACGCCGCCGGCCCGAGCAGACCGCGUGUAAUCAACUCCCACGAUUCACCGCCCUGUCCGAGGGAACUGAAAACCGCACCUUCAGUGCCGCUACCUCGGCCAACCGAAUUCAUUAA